AUUUCAAGGACCUCCCGGCCGUCGUUCUGCCAUUCAACGGCACCGGCAGAUGUGUGCUUAGCGCCGACCGUGCUAGUCACUAUUGCGGAGAAAUUGAAGGCUACAAUCUCACUAUCUCACCAACAGCUCAAAAUCAACUUUCGUGCAAUUUGAGCGUGAAUCAACCGCCGUUUCCACCGCCACAAGCUGGAAAGUGCCGGUAUUCGCUGAGAAGCGGACGUGAAAUCUGUUAUCCACGCUAUGAGGAUUUGGAUACAACUUGCACGGAUGUUGGCUACGGUAUGGUUGCACCGCCGGCUAUCAAACAUGCGACAGUUCGAUCCAUGGCAUUCGUGCCGCCGGAUAAUCUUCGACGAUUGAUCCGGCACUACUACAGGCAGCAAGGUAGACCAAUUCCAAGGAAUACUACAUUCAGUCCUCAUUCGUUCCUUUUUGUUCGAUAUCAAUGCGAGUAUGGAUACGAAUUAGUGGAUGAAGUUGAUACUAUGUUCUGCGACAAUCGACAGUGGGUUAUGACGCCGCCGAAAUGUCGAGGAAAAGGACUUUGUGAGGCUGAUAAUGGUGGUUGCAGUCACUCGUGUUUGUCAAUUCAAGAUCAAGCUGUUGAAUGUAAAUGUCCUAAAGGCAUGGUGUUGGACGCGGACCAAAAAACCUGCAUACGACCGGUUCCGAAGAAAUUAUGUCGAAACCUCAGUAGCUGCACAUGCACCAGAAUCGACGACAGCCAAUAUGCUUGCACGUGCCCGAAGGGCGAAAAAUGCUUGCUGCUUCAUGGACCACCGAAAAUUUAUGUCGAUCCUCCAGCGCCAUAUGAGAUUUCACCUGGUGGUAACCUGAAUAUUACUUGCUCCGCUGUCGCACACCCAUUUCCACAGAUAUUUUGGCAGAGAGGUGAUGAAGCAGUUGUCAAAACACCGAUCAAGCCAGGUACCGUUCGCAGCGAGCAAAUUCUUAUCAUCAAAGAACUCUACAGGAGUACCACAUUCACAUGUCACGCUAAUAACUCACUCGGGCAAGCCGAAAGAACCGUUGAGGUUGUUGUUGUUGGACCCGGAUCAGCGCCAGUAUUGAGAGGAAUUGAUGCUGGCCGUACAUCGGUUCAUGUGAAUUGGGAUCCACCAGUUAUUGUCAAUCGUCCAGUUACUUCCUAUACAAUAUAUUACACCAAUAAUGGUCACCAACCAAUUAAGAAUUGGAGAACACUUAGUGUUGAUGAACCAACACGUGAAGUCACAAUCAAGGAUCUUCGUCCUCAUACACAGUACUUCCUCCGAUUGCGUGCCAAUGACAAAUUAGGACCUGGCAGGCUCGGCAAUCCGGUUUCGCUUAUGACAAGACGGCCGGCUGCUCGUCCACAAAUAUUCAUUCCGGAAGGACAGUUAGUCAAAGUGCCUCCGUUGACUCCAUUUAGAGUGAGUUGCAACGUCACAAGAGGUGAUCCUGUUCCGAGGGUCGCUUGGCACAGUAGAGGAAGACCGAUAAACUCGCCACAAAAAAAGCGAUUCAUUACUAUGGAACAUGGUGGCCUUUAUGAGAGUACAAAUUUCUCAUGUGUCGCUGAAAAUGAAGCUGGAAAGUCGAUGAGGAGAGUGCAAGUGGUUGUAACAGGACCAACGGCUCCAGAAAGAAUCCGCUAUCAAAUUGACGGUAAUAAUGUCGAUUUGCAAUGGGAACAACCGCGAAUAACAAACGGACCUAUGAAGGAUUAUGAGAUACUUUACACUGACGACCCUAAUCGACCAGAAGAUGAAUGGCAGAUUGUACGAGUUGGCAGCCCAGAUAUUCAUUCAAUGAAAAUCCCGAAUUUAAGAGAAAAAACAGAUUACACUUUUAAAAUUCGAGGUGUCAAUGAAUUAGGACCCGGUCUACCCAGUGGAAAGUUCACACUGACCACAUGGCUAGGAGCACGUCCUCCAAGCGUCUUAUUACGCCCAUCGGAUUCGAUAGUGAAGGAUCCAAGCAACGAAGAAUUGAUAUUCGAAUGUGAUGCGACCGGUGUGCCGAAACCCAGAAUUCUAUGGUUGUGGAGUGGCCACCUAAUUGAGGACGGGAAGGACGAAUUCAGGAUUUAUGACAUCACUCCUUUGGAUGCCCAGGAUCGCUCCAACAGCAAAUUGAUUGCUGAAAAAACAAAUCGUGCAGGAGUUGCAACUUGUCAAGCUGUUAAUCCUCAUGGAUCUGAUGAGAAGCGAACUGAAGUUAAAAUUCUCGGUCCAGGAAGUCCGCCACGUGACAUUAAAACAGCAACAAAGCAGAACGGCUUCACCGUCUCUUGGAAACCGCCGAAAUAUCCGAAUGGUAAAAUCACGAAUUACAUUGUCUACUAUACCAAGAAUCCGGAUCACGAUUUGGGUGACUGGCAACGAGUGAGCGUUGAUGGUGAUAAGAGGGAUGUUAUCAUUAUGGUAGACGACGAAGAUACACCGUACAAUGUACGUGUGCAAGCGGCAACUAAAGAUGGAGUUGGGAUUAUUUCAGAGGCGUACGAUGUCACAACUGGAAAGAAACCAAUUCCAUUAACUGUGCAACUGCUCAUCAUUGACCCUCAAAUAAGCGAAACGGAUGAAGAAACAAUAGUGGAACCUCUGCAAACCAUUCGAUUCAAAUGUAUCGCUGAAGGACGACCCACUCCGCAGAUUUUCUACACUUGGCUUCCGUUCAAUGAAACGGAGAGCGGACAGGAACCAUUCCCAAUCCCAGCAUAUUCGGAUCGUUCAAAACCCCAUCGUUAUCAGACAAUUGAAUUUCAAUCAAAUACCGCAACAAAACGAGCCCUCAUGUGUAAGGCUCGCAAUCCUGACGGAUCCGUUGACGAUCGCCAUAUUUUCAAUGUCAUCAAACCUGGAAGUCCACCAGAUAACAUCAAUACGAUUGUCGAUCCCGACAAUCAUGUGACUAUAAAUUGGGAUGAGCCGAAACAUCCCAAUGGACCGGUUGAUGGCUAUAAGGUUUACCUAACCGCUGAUCCGAGUAAACCAAUCGAACAAUGGCAAGUUUUUGAUGUCAAAGAUCCGGAUGCAAAUAAAAUUGAAUUUGCUCGAGGUGAACUUGAACCAGAUACGCCGUAUUAUGUCAAGGUGGCUGCAAUGGGCCCAGAAGGAGAAGGAGUUCCAUCAGAAAGCAUUCCAUUUGAUACUGUCAGUGGAGCACCCAUUGAUGCUCCUUCGGAAGUAUUUCCUGUUGUUGGAAAAGACAACUCAAUUGAUGUCUCGUGGAGAGGACCAAGUGUUCCUAAUGGACCAAUAGAGUCGUACACAGUCUAUUACACACCGAUUGAUCCGUAUACAACCGACGAUGGCUAUAAGCAAUGGGACAAACUUGUCAUACCAACAAAUAACGUUUCGGGCAAUGCUCGAAUCGAUAAGGAAACUUAUAACAUCCUCCCUCAUCGGCAGUACAAAGUACGCGUUGCGGCCACUAAUGAUCUUUCAGAAGGUCCAGCCAGUGAACCAGUAAUCUUCCAAACAGGAAGUGGAGAGACUCCUCCUGUGAUAGAACUUGAUCCACCCAACAACCCAGCUAAUGUGCCUCCACGAGGUUCAAUAUCCGUGAGAUGCUCUGCAACAGGCAUACCACAUCCAACAGUAAUGUGGAUUAUCGGUGCAAAUGAAGAUGUUGUUCGUGGACCAAUACUACAACUAGCUGAUUUACGUAAAGACGAAACAGCUACCUGCCGAGCUGAAAACAACGCUGGACGAGUUCAAGAAGUACUUCAGAUACUAGUCGCCGGUCCUGGUACUCCACCUAACGAAAUUGUGGCAUUGCCGAUGGACAAUCAGCAAGCGAACGUUGAAUGGACGACUCCAGAUAAUCCAAAUGGCAAAAUCACCGAAUACGUUGUUUACUAUGGAGAAGUGCCCGAAGGUGAAACGGAACCAAGCCAAUGGCAGACCGUUAAAGUACCGGGUGAAGAUAUACAGCAGCACAGACUCACCAACUUGAAACCAAAAACCAAUUAUGCGGUGAAAGUACAGGCUGUGAGCGAUCGUGGACCUGGCGUUGAGUCAGAUCCUGUGAAGUUGAAAACGCUUCCGCUCGCACCACCUGUUGUCGAACCUCCCAAAGUGGAUGUGCAUGAUAACAAUACCGUAGCUGUCAAAUUCGCUGCACCACAUGAUCCCGAAGACCCAUCGAGACCGAUAAAAGACUUCGUUCUACAUUACACUGAGGACGAUCCGAAAUCAGAGAAUGCAGAAUGGAAAGAACUGCAAUGGGCUGAACCUGAUGAUGAUUUUACUGUCAUGAUUCCGAUUGAUGGUGAGAAUUUCAAACCAGAUACGAAAUAUGCUGUAAAGGUCGUUGCGAGAGGCGAGAUUGACAGUCCUCCCUCAGAACCAAUUCUUUUCCAAACUGGUGAUGGAAUCAUUCCACCCGAAAAGCCGAUAAUUAAUGUUGAUGCUCCUGACAAUGUUCUACGCGUACCAGCAGGCACCGAUUAUACUGUGAGCUGUUCAUCGUACGGAUUUCCGACACCAGUGAUCAGUUGGAUCGAUCAGAACGGCAAUCCACUGAGCGAUGGGCCCAUGCUGAAAUUGCAAGAUGUUAAAGAAACCGUCAAGGCAAAGUGCGUUGCAGAAAACAGUGGAGGCAGAGAGGAAACAGAUUUCGAAGUGUUUGUUACAGGGCCAGGCACAGCUCCCAGCAAUAUUCUGCUUUCGUCUGAUAGACCCCGAAUGAUUCAUGUUGAAUGGGAUCCGCCAACAAUUCCGAAUGGGAAUAUUACGAGAUACAUUAUAUACUAUACUCCUCUUGAUGAUCAGGUUACAAAUUUCCUGAACAUUGUUUAUCAAAUUGGUCAGAUACCGAAGAAACCAAUCAACGAAUGGAUGACGCAUCAUAAGACAGGUGAAAAUCUGAAUGAAGGCGAACAAACUACUGAUCUGACGGAUUUUCUGGAACCGGAUACAGCCUAUGCAGUUGUGUUGCAGGCAGCCAACCAGGAUGGCCCUGGACCUUACUCAGAACAGCAUACGAUUCGAACAAUGUCUCGCGCAAGAGAAGGACCACCGCAAGAACUGCGUGUAGAACCAGUAGGACAACGAUCGGCUAACGCCGCGUGGAAAAAACCAGAAACCACAGAUCAACAGCCUAUUGGAUAUGAAUUGUUCUAUAUCAAAGCUGAUGUCAAAAUAUGGGAAGAUGAUUUGGCGAGCAUUGGAGAUUGGAGCAAAGUUCCGAUUUCUGAAACCGACGACGAUAAACUUCGAUAUUUUAUGGACAAUGUACUUGAACCGGACACUGAAUACGUUUUCAAAAUACGAGCGAUUUUCCCUGAUGGACCAGGCGUCUUUUCAGACGCAUGUAUCACAAAGACCCUUCCAGAUGGAAAUGCUCCCUACAUUAUGGUUUCGAACGGAGACCAUGGUGUAGAAGGAACCAGCCACAUCGAUGUGUUACCCGGUUCAGCUUUGAACGUUUUUUGCAAUGCUACGGGGCAACCUCAACCGUCAGUCAAAUGGAUUCGUUCAGGAAAUCUACCAAUUGAUCCAAGCUGGGUUGAGGCGGAUGAAAAGCAUGCCAGAUGGACACUGAAGGUGUCAAACAUCACUGAAGACACAUCGUUCAAUUGCGUAGCGCAGAGUCCACUUGGAUUGGCAAAUUGGACCAUCAAAGUGCAAAUGCUUCCUGAUUUGGGUCCUUCAUGGAAAAGCGAUUUCAUCCUACCGAAGAACGAGAAUGGUGAGAUCGCUCUUCACUUCACCGAUAACCUACCUGAUUAUUUGAAAGAACCGAAUGACUGGAUAAUUUAUUGGACCGACGAUCCUUCUCUACCGUUGGAUCAAUGGGAUCAGAUAUCAAGUGACAAGAGACCACUUGCCAGGAUUACAGAGCCAAAAAUGGAAACAGGGACCAAAUAUUAUCUCAUAAUUGAACAACCUUCAGAAGGCAUCAGAACACCAACUUUCGAAAUGAUGACUCCGAAGCCAGCUAGUGACAUUCGCGUUGGUACAAAUCUGAAUGGUGAAACGGUUCUUGACUUCAAACCUGCUGUUGCUGCCGAACCCAUCAAGAAGUAUCUUAUCAAAUAUUGGCCAGAUGACGAUCCAUCAGCAGUCACUUAUCUGGAAACUCCUGUAAAUGUGACAGAUCAGAUAGUAGUCGGCGGCUUACUUCCCAACACCGACUAUAGCUUUAUGGUUUCUGCCAAAUUCGAUGAAGGAGACAAUCUACCAAGCGAACCAGUCAAAAUCAAAACUCCUUCUGGAGACCUUCAAUGUGACUGUGCACAUUCAUGCAUGUUUGGAGAAGAUGAUGAGGGAAUUGUUACAACAACAUGCUAUUGCCACAAUGGCUUCAAACUGGGUGAAGAUGGGAAGUCUUGUGAACUUAUCGAAGAGAUUGAAGAGGAUGGUGUUAUUAAGGUGACACCACCAACGUUCAUCUCUGAACAUGAACAUCCUGAGGAAGUAUCGACGAUUCCAUCAUUUUAUGAAGGUCGCUACGCGAAAACGUCUGAUAAAACGUUACAGCAAGAGAUUUCCACUGAAAUCUUACCAACAGAUGGAAAAGGUCAAAUAUUGGGACCAGACGGUGAGCCAGUUGCGACUGAUUCUAGUGGAAGAGCUAUCGGAAAAGACACCUCUGUGCUUCCAACGAAUGAACAUGGACAAGUGUUAUUCAUUCCAACCGAAACAACAUUUAAAACCCAUCCCACUGAUGAAAUUGGACGGGAAAUUCUGCCCAUUGUCGGACCUGAUGGAAUUCCUUUACCCACGAAUUCACAAGGCGAAAUUAUUGACAACAACGGUAAUCCAAUAAACAGAGACGAUGAUGGUCAGCCAAUAGGGCCAGAUGGUAGCACACUAAACAAAAAUGAGAAAGGAGAGUGGGUAUAUCCAGUUGUUGGAAGGGACGGUCAAGCAUUACCAACAGAUUCAAACAUGCGGCCAAUUUAUCCCAUUGUCACCGAAGACGGGACAUCCUUCAGAACGAAUGAUGAAGGACUUGUUGUCGAUGUGGACGGAAACGUAAUUCCCACAGAUUCCGCAGGAAGGCCUGUCGGAGAAGAUGGAUCGCCAUAUCCUACUGAUGAUGAUGGAAAUUUUGUCGUGAUGAGUGUCACCGAAAGUGCGGAUCUGAUCUUUCCAACUGAUGAGCUUGGUCACACAAUUUAUCCAGUGGUAUUUCCAGAUGGAGAAAUGCUACCAACUGAUGAAAGUGGACAUUAUGUUGAUGAAAACGGAAACCUCAUACCCAUCAAUGAGGCAGGUCUGCCAUUGGGGGAGGAUGGAAGUGUACUUCCCAGAGACGAUGACGGGAACUUCGUGCACCAAGGCGACUUUGUACCACCCACAGACUCAAGCGGCAAACCUAUCGAAAUAGUGCAUGGCGGAAAGAAAUUGAAGUACAACAAAGAGGGAAAAUUCAUUGGACCUGAUGGCAGCGCAGUACCCACAAAUAAGGACGGUCUUCCGUUGGACAAUGACAAGAAAGUGCUUCGGAAAUCACCUGACGGAACAUUCAUUUUAGGAGGCCGAGAGCCACCAGCAGAUGGAAGGACAAAACCUUUAAAAAUUAUAGGACCAAACGGUGAGCCUUUACCAACAAAUGUAUACGGAGAAGUGGAGGGCCCAGAUGGUAAACCAGUUCCAACAAAUCAAGCUGGAGAACCCGUGAAUACCAGAGGUGAACCACUGCCAACGGACGUGCAGGGAAACGCUAUAUAUCCAGCCCAUGGAAUCGGUAUGGAAACUCUACCAACUGAUAGCAGUGGUCGCCCAAUUUAUCCUGUAAUUGGCCCAGAUGGGAAACCUCUGCCAACUAAUGCCGAGGGCGCAGUUGUUGGUCCAGAUAACGAGCCCAUUCCAACUAAUGCAGCAGGUGUGCCGGUGAACAGUAAAGGGCAACCAUUGCCUACUGACAACAGUGGAAACGUCAUAUUUCCCGCUAAAGGACUUGAUGCCGAAAUUAUGCCAACAGAUCGUAGUGGGAGGCCAGUGUACCCGGUCGUUGGACCUGAUGGAAAUCCCCUUCCCACAAAUGCUGACGGUGUUGUCGUUGGUCCGGAAGGCGAACCGCUCCCUACAAAUGCAGCAGGUGUUCCGGUUAACAAUCGUGGUAAACCACUUCCAACAGACGACCAAGGAAACGUAGUGUAUCCUAAGGAAGGCCUUGACGCUGUUGUCUUACCAACCGAUCUAACCGGUAAACCAGUCCACCCUGUAAUUGGACCCGAUGGAGAGCCAUUACCGACUGAUGCAAAUGGAGCAUUCAUUGCUCCGGACGGUAGGAUCGUUCCAACUGAUGAAUACGGCGCUCCUGUUAACAGCCGCGGCGAGCCACUGCCAACAGAUGACGAAGGAAAUGCUAUUUUGCCUGCAAAGGGAUUAGAUGGUGAGCCGUUACCGACUGAUUCUAAGGGCAGACCAGUUCAUCCAGUUUUAGCUCCUGAUGGGAAACCUUUGCCAACUAAUGCCGAGGGCGCAGUUGUUGGUCCAGAUAACGAGCCCAUUCCAACUAAUGCAGCAGGUGUGCCGGUGAACAGUAAGGGGCAACCAUUGCCUACUGACAACAGUGGAAACGUCAUAUUUCCCGCUAAAGGACUUGAUGCCGAAAUUAUGCCAACAGAUCGUAGUGGGAGGCCAGUGUACCCGGUCGUUGGACCUGAUGGAAAUCCCCUUCCCACAAAUGCUGACGGUGUUGUCGUUGGUCCAGAAGGCGAACCGCUCCCUACAAAUGCAGCAGGUGUUCCG